CAAAAAGUUGACCCUAGUUUCCAGUAGGAACAGUAACAGUGACGGACACCGGAAAUAUUUAUUCAUAUCCGUGUUAACGCAACAUUUCAACCAGUGUUUUUGUCGUGAUGGCGUUUUAACAUCAACAUUCAACUACACACUUCUAGCUUUCUAACACAUUUUAGUUUGUAAAGAUGCCGAAGGUCGUGUCGAGGAGUGUAGUGUGUUCGGACACCAGAGACCGAGAGGAGUACGACGACGGAGAAAAGCCUCUCCAUGUCUACUACUGCCUGUGCGGGCAGAUGGUGCUGGUGCUGGACUGCCAGCUGGAGAAGCUGCCCAUGAGGCCCCGGGACCGAGCCAGGGUGAUCGAUGCGGCCAAACAUGCCCACAAGUUCUGCAACGUCGAACAGGACGAAAACGCGUACCUGAAGAGAGCCGAGGGCAUUGAGAGGCAGUACCGCAGGAAGUGUGGCAAGUGCGGUCUAUUGCUUUUCUACCAGCACCAGGCGAAGAACAACCCGGCCACCUUUAUCGUGGACGGAGCCGUGGUGAAGUUCGGGCAGGGCUUCGGUAACACCAGUGUCUACAGCCAGAAGCAGCCAGAGGCUCCCAAGAAAGUCCGUGUGAUGAUGACCAAGAGGACCAAAGACAUGGGCAAGUUCAGCUCCGUCACUGUCUCCACCAUCGACGAAGAGGAGGAGGAGAUCGAGGCCAGGGAGGUGGCGGACUCUUACGCUCAAAACGCCAAAGUGAUAGAGAAGCAGCUGGAGAGGAAGGGCAUGAGCAAGAAAAGGCUGCAGGAGCUGGCUGAACUGGAGGCCAAGAAGGCGAAGAUGAAGGGCACCCUCAUUGAUAACCAGUUCAAGUAGAGGAGGCUCAAUGACACUGACACAAAAUUAUCCUCUGGAGAUCCUCUUCCACAAUGAGUUAUGUACAGUACAAGACAGUAUUAUGUCAGCCUGUACUGGAUAUAUAGACAUAAAAAGGACAAUAUUCUGAAAUAUCUUAAAGGACUUUUUGUAUGUUUCUUAAGAGGUUGAGGUUGUAGUCAUUUUUAUUUUGUUUGAAAUGUUAUUUUGUACAAUAAUUAAAAGACCUGAUUAAACUUUUUGGUAUUUUUUUCAA